AUGGAUCGUGGACUUUCAACAAGCACCCGAAUCGAUGAUGAAGGCCUUCGGGAGAGGAAUGUGGCCUCUCAGUCCAUCUCGACUCUUAGUCCCGAGGCUCUUACGGCCACCGGUGACGUAGAGCUCAAGGACAAGGCUGGUAAGGACUGCAAGACAUUUGGUCGGACACCUGAUGGUACCGUAUUCACGGUGCCGCAAACUCAUGACAUGGUCUCUCAACUCCUGUCGCCCUCGGAACCAAAAAAUCUUUCUGACGUGAUUGUUCUCGCAAUCCUUGGUGCUCACAUAUUUCUUCUAUGGCAGCUUCCUACCGGUGCCAAGGUGCCUGUUUUUGCCAUUAUCUACCUUUUCUGGCGUUCGGCAUACAACGCUGGAAUUGGAUGGCUUCUUCACAAUCAAUCUCACCACAAAACACUGGUCCGCUGGGCUGAGAAAACCAAGGUCUUUGUGAAUCCCGCUACGGGCAAGAACCCACAUCCUAACCUGUACAACUUUUUUAAACGGGAGCUGGAAACUAAGAUCCCCAACGACUAUUCAUUCGAUAAAGCCCCAAUUGAGUAUAACACAUGGCUCGUUUUUAGACGGCUUGUGGAUCUGAUACUAAUGUGCGACUUCGUGUCAUACUGUCUUUUUGCGAUAGCUUGUAGUCACCACCCUGUCAACGAGAGCGUGUUGAUGACUGUCUUGCGAUGGUCCGCCGGCAUCGUGUUGGUGCUGUUCAACCUUUGGGUCAAGCUCGACGCUCAUCGGGUGGUAAAGGAUUUCGCUUGGUACUGGGGCGAUUUCUUUUAUCUCAUUGACCAGGAACUUACGUUCGACGGCGUCUUCGAGAUGGCACCCCAUCCAAUGUAUUCGGUUGGCUACGCUGGCUAUUACGGUAUCUCCCUGAUGGCCGCGAGCUACAAAGUGCUUUUCAUUUCUAUAAUCGCCCAUGCGGCCCAAUUCGCUUUCCUAGUGCUUGUCGAGAACCCACAUAUUGACAAGACGUACAAUCCUCCUCCGUCCCGCAAGCGUCCAGCAGAGCAGGAAACUGGAUCUGUCUCGAGCCGCACUACCGAUUCUCCCAUUGCGCCAGCGCCAGUUGAUGAACAAAUUCCCCACGCGCCAACCCUUUCAAGCAGCCCACCGCAGUCAGUCCACAAUCUACUAGGGCUCCACAACCUGGACCUGUAUCGGAUAACGGAUACUUCAUCCGUCCUUAUCCAAUUCCUCGUAUUCGCUCUCACAGUUUUGACACCCUCUACACCUUGGUACCAAUUUCUUUUCGUAGCUAAUGCUGCUGUAUGGAGACUUUGGUUCUCGAUCGGUGUUGGGUAUAUGCUCCAUCGCCAGUCGAAUCACAAGGCGUGGACCCGGCACUUCGUUAAGUAUGGUGAAACUCCUCAGGAAGCAUGGAAUCAGUGGAAAGGCACAUAUCAUUUGAGUAUGAUCAUGUGCUAUGCCAGUUUCAUUGCUGCAGUAUGGAAGAUGUACAACUUUCCUGCUGACUGGGGGUAUGGCCUGGUCUUGCUCCGCCAUGUCUUGGGAGCCGGCCUCAUUAGUUUACAGAUUUGGACCUCGGUCAGCAUCUAUGAGUCUCUCGGUGAAUUCGGCUGGUUCUACGGUGACUUUUUCUUUGAUGGCUCAUCAAAGUUGACGUAUAAUGGUAUCUAUCGUUUCUUGAACAACCCUGAGCGUGUACUAGGUCUGGCCGGCGUCUGGGGUGCAGUCCUUAUCACCAGCAGCGGUGCCAUAACGUUCCUGGCACUUCUCAGCCACAUUCUCAGCCUAGCUUUCAUCCAAUUUAUCGAGCGUCCGCAUAUGCAGAAGCUGUAUGGCCAGAGUCUUCGACAGGAUGCGGGGCUUGUUAAGAGCUUGAAAAAGUCGCUGCCACCAACUCUUAGACAGCUACACGGCAGCGUGGAUAAGAUCUUCGACGAGUCGUUCGAAUUCAUCGAAGAGAUUAUCGAGACGGCACGACCGAAACUUGCUAAUGGUGUCAACACAUUCGUGAAGGAUACCACUGCACUCUUCCAAAAUUACCCCGCCCGUGUCACCAUCUCACGCAUUGACGAAGAUCUGGCCGGAUAUGAUUCGCAGGACUAUUCCCUAGAAGUUGAAGGCACCGAUUCAUCCUCUUUGGCCGAGUAUGAUCAAAGCACUGGUAGGGAGGGCGCUAACGCUCGCAUGCCUCUUGAUAGACGUGGUGACCUGAAGAACCUCGUGUUCGAAUAUGGUGCGCCGAUUCAGGUCAAGUGGACUGCACCUUUAAAUCAUAGCAAGAAGGAUUGGAUUGGCUUGUACAAGGUCACCGAUAAUACGUCUCGUGAAGUCAGCCGGGUUUCCUCUCAAGGAAGGUGGAUUGCCGUCAAUGAAGGUGCCUAUGAUAACUUGACAUGUGAAAAGGGAAUUGUUAAAAGCGAUAUUGUAAUCAAAGCUGCACCGCAACAGGAUGGGGACAAGCGUGAUCUUGCAACUGGCGAGGUUAUAUUCUCAGGUGAUAAACUCUUUUGGACACAAGGCGUCUUCGAAUUCCGGUAUCAUCAUAACGCCAAGCAUAAUGUCAUGGCAAUCUCCAGACCGUUUGAGAUUUGCAUUAGCCGAUAUGAAGAGGAGGAUGACCAUGAACUUACACAAGCGUCCGUGGAGAGGAGCCUGUUACCCAUCAUCCGCAACUGCUUCGAUCGGGAUCCGGAGAUCGCUCCGGAGGCCGUAGACGAGUCGUUCGGAAGCCUGGUGGAUCGCGAUGGUAAAUUUGCUAAGCGAGUUGUGUUCGCCGUACACCAAAUGUUUGGUGUUGAAUUCGCACCUGGAGUUGUUCAGGCUGAUGGAACUGUCCACAACCUCGCCUGGAGGGUAUGCAAUGCAAAGAGGGUCCUGGCUCCUUACAGCAUGUCAAGGAACGGUGCGUCAACCCCGACUGAGAGGAAAGAAAUCAAUGGGCCGCCUAGCGGCACGAGGCCUGCAGUCUUUGCCUCGUCUCUAAACUCCGCCUCCGACAUUGCGACUAGCCGACCACAACGUCAGAGGCAACCCAAUGAGUUGCGGAAAAUCUUCUUGAAAACCGGCCUCAUUCCUUCUGCUUCUGGAUCCGCCUAUCUUGAAUAUGAACCUUCGUCUUCUCUCGCCGCCGCACGCUCGUCACCCAAGUCUCUCAUUCCCCCCUCCUCGGCAUUGAAACUUGCCUGCACAGUCCAUGGGCCGAAACCGCUCCCUCGCUCUGCUACAUUCUCCCCCAACCUAGUUCUCACAACUCACAUCAAAUAUGCUCCGUUCGCCGCCCGUAAGAGGAAAGGACAUAUCCGCGAUGCCAGCGAACGUGAUCUUGGAGUACACCUAGAGACCGCCCUGAGAGGGGUGAUUGUCGCUGAGCGGUGGCCGAAGAGUGGACUGGAUAUCACUAUCACCAUCUUAGAAGCAGAAGAUGAUCGUUGGUGGGGCGAUGCGCCCGACUCUCAUGAUGCUCCAUGGGGGAUGAUGAACGUUCUUGCCGGAUGUAUUACAGCUGCGUCUGCUGCCAUCUCUGACGCUCGCAUUGAUUGCCUUGAUCUCAUUGCUGGCGGUGUGGCUGCUAUUGUCGCCGACGAAUCAGAAGACGGCGAAGCCAAGCCGAAGUUGAUGUUAGACACAGACCCAGCGGAACACCGGGCCAUAUUGUCCGCAUGUGUGGUCGCUUAUAUGCCUUCCAGAGAUGAAAUUACAGAGAUUUGGCUCAAGGGAGACAGCUCAAAGGCGCUGUUAGGACCUGAUGAUAAGCGUUCUGGACACGAAGCAUUGUUAGACGGUGCUGUGGAUGCGGCUCGAGGAGCGCAUUCUGUUCUGGCUGAGGCUGUCAGAGAGUCUGCAGAGCGCUUUGCUGGUCUGGCCCCUGGGGGCGGUGCUACACAAUAA